AUGUACGUUUUCAAAAGAGAUGGUAGAAAGGAGCCAGUGCGCUUUGACAAAAUCACUGCUAGAGUUCAAAGAUUAUGCUAUGGCUUAGACUCAAACCACGUUGAGCCAGUUGCUAUUACUCAAAAAGUUAUUGCUGGUGUAUACCAAGGUGUUAACACCAUUGAGUUGGAUAAUUUGGCCGCUGAGACUGCUGCCACUAUGACCACCAUACACCCUGACUACGCUGUUUUAGCAGCAAGAAUUGCGGUAUCCAAUUUGCACAAACAAACAACCAAAUUGUAUUCGCAAGUGUCAAAGGACUUGUAUGAAUAUAUCAACCCAGAAACUAAUCUUCAUGCACCAAUGAUUUCAAAGGAAACAUUUGACAUUAUUCAAGAGAACUCUGAUGAAUUGAAUUCGGCAAUUGUUUAUGACCGUGAUUUCAACUACAACUACUUUGGAUUCAAAACUUUGGAAAGAUCCUAUUUGUUGCGUAUCAACGGUAAGGUUGCAGAAAGACCACAGCACUUGAUUAUGAGGGUUGCCAUUGGUAUCCACGGGAGAGAUAUCCCAAGAGUUAUUGAAACUUAUAAUUUGAUGUCUCAAAGAUACUUUACCCACGGUUCUCCAUGUUUAUUCAACGCUGGUACCCCAAAACCACAAAUGUCAUCCUGUUUCUUGGUUGCCAUGAAAGAAGAUUCAAUCGAGGGUAUUUAUGACACUUUAAAGACGUGUGCCUUGAUUUCAAAGAGUGCUGGUGGUAUUGGUUUGCACAUUCACAACAUUCGUUCCACUGGUGCUUACAUUGCUGGUACAAAUGGUACUUCCAAUGGUAUCAUCCCAAUGGUUCGUGUUUUUAACAACACUGCUCGUUACGUUGAUCAAGGUGGUAACAAAAGACCAGGUGCUUUUGCUUUAUAUCUUGAACCAUGGCACAGUGACAUUUUUGAUUUCAUUGAAAUCAGAAAGAAUCAUGGUAAAGAAGAAAUCAGAGCUAGGGAUUUAUUCCCAGCCUUGUGGAUCCCCGAUUUGUUCAUGAAGAGGGUUGAACAGAAUGGUGAGUGGACUUUGUUUUCUCCAAAUGAAGCACCAGGUUUGGCUGAUACUUAUGGUGAUGAGUUUGUUGAAUUGUACGAAAAAUAUGAAAGAGAAGGUCGUGGUAGAAAGACCAUCAAAGCUCAAAAAUUGUGGUACUCCAUCUUGGAGGCUCAAACCGAAACUGGUACCCCAUUCAUGUUGUACAAGGAUGCUUGUAAUACCAAAUCAAACCAAAAGAACUUGGGUAUUAUCAAGUCUUCUAACUUGUGUUGUGAAAUCGUCGAGUACUCGGCACCUGAUGAGGUCGCCGUUUGUAACUUGGCAUCGAUUGCUUUGCCUUCAUUCAUUGAGCAAGAUGGCAAGCACGCUUGGUACAACUUUGACAAGUUGCACGAUGUCACCAAAGUUGUUACUCGUAACUUGAACAGGGUCAUUGACAGAAACUAUUACCCAGUUCCUGAAGCAGAGAGAUCCAACAUGAGACACAGACCAAUUGCCUUGGGUGUCCAAGGUUUGGCUGACGCUUUCAUGGUUUUGAGAAUUGGAUUCGAUUCCCAAGAAGCUAGAGAAUUGAACAUUCAAAUUUUUGAAACAAUCUACCACGCUGCUGUUGAAGCUUCUAUCGAAUUGGCACAAGAGGAAGGCCCUUAUGAAACCUUCCAGGGCUCUCCAGCAUCUCAAGGUUUGUUGCAAUACGACUUGUGGAAUAGAAAGCCCACUGAGUUGUGGGACUGGGAUGAGUUGAAACAAAAACUUGCCAAGCAUGGAAUGAGAAACUCAUUGUUGGUGGCACCAAUGCCAACUGCUUCCACAUCACAAAUUUUGGGUAACAAUGAAUGUUUUGAGCCUUACACAUCAAACAUCUACUCGAGAAGAGUAUUGGCAGGUGAGUUCCAAAUUGUUAACCCAUACUUGUUGAAAGAUUUGGUUGACUUGGGAAUCUGGAACGAUGCUAUGAAGAGUAGUAUCAUCUCAAACAAUGGUUCCAUCCAAGCCUUGCCAAACAUUCCUGAUGAAAUUAAAGCAUUAUACAAGACUGUUUGGGAAAUCUCGCAGAAGCAUAUUAUUGAUAUGGCCUCUGAUAGAGCUGCUUUUAUUGACCAAUCACAAUCAUUAAACAUCCACAUUAAAGAUCCAACUAUGGGUAAAUUGACAAGUAUGCACUUUUAUGGAUGGAAGAAAGGAUUGAAGACCGGUAUGUACUACUUGAGAACACAAGCUGCUUCUGCUGCUAUUCAAUUCACAAUUGAUAAAGCUAUUGCUGACUCAGCCGGUUCCAAUGUCGCUUCUUUGCAUAAAUUGAAUAGACCUAGAUACUUGAGCAAAUCCAGGGGCGGUGCCACAUCGACUGAUGACUCAUUUGAAAAGAGUCCAUCAACUGAACCAACAUCCUUGGAAAACUCCGUUGCUGAGUUGAAGAUUGAAGAUAAGAGUGAAAAGAGGGAAGACGCCAAGCAAGAAGGUGAACAAUCAGAACCUGUUGAUAAUAGAACCAUAGAAGAGAUUGAAAGCGACAUCUAUAGCGCGAAAGUCAUUGCCUGUGCCAUUGACAAUCCAGAAUCGUGUACCAUGUGUUCUGGUUAA